ACAACCUUUGUAUAGAGAGAAAAAAGCGGUAUCCAUGGAGUCGAUCACUAUUCUUCUCUAUUAAUUUACAAAAACCAUACCUUAAGUCUCAGCUUCUCCAGAAGAAAAAAGCUUCCCCAUUCUCACUCUCUCUCUCUCUGAUAAUCUCCCAUUUGUCUGGGGGUGAUUGAAGUUUGGAUAGGAUCGUUGGGGAUCGUUUUGAAUUUUGCGGUGAUAUUGUUCCAGUUCUGGAUUCUGGAUUUUAUUGGAUGCUGGAGUUGUGAAUUUGUUGGAUUUGGGAGCAAGAUUGAACUGCGACGGAAUUGAUGGCGGCGACGGUGACGGCGACGGCGGCGGCGGACGGGACAUUGAGAUUCUCCGUGGCUUCGGUGGUGGAGGAUGUGUUGCAACAGCAUGAGAAUCCGCUGAGAGAUCUCGAUUUGGAGUCUCGCCGAGCUGAAGAAGCUGCGUUGAGGAGGAACCAAGCGGCCGGGUGGCUGAGGAAGAUGGUUGGAGUGGUAGCAGCCAAAGAUUUGCCGGCCGGGCCAUAGGAAGAGGUGUUUAGGAUUGGUCUGAGAAGCGGAAUUAUCCUCUGCAAUGUUCUCAACAAGGUCCAACCUGGGGCUGUGCCCAAGGUCGUGGAAAGCCCUUGUGAUGCUGCUCUUGUUCCUGAUGGAGCACCAUUGACCGCAUUUCAGUAUUUUGAGAACGUAAGGAAUUUCCUUGUGGCUGUUCAAGAGAUGGGGUUUCCAGCAUUUGAAGCAUCUGAUCUGGAGCAAGGUGGGAAAUCUUCUCGAGUUGUGAAUUGCGUUUUGGCAAUCAAGUCUUAUAGUGAAUGGAAACAAACCGGUGGAAAUGGAGUAUGGAAAUUUGGUGGCAGCAUAAAGCCUCCCACGUUUGGGAAAUCUUUUGUCAGAAAGAAUUCAGAGCCGUUCAUGAAUUCUUUAUCGAGGAGCUCAUCCAUUAAUGAGAAAUCUUUUUCAGAAACUGAUUUCAAUAAACUGUCCAAUUCGGGUUCUUUGAGCAUGCUUGUUCGCGCUGUUCUCUCAGAUAAAAGGCCUGAUGAAGUACCCAUGCUCAUUGAAUCAGUGCUAAAUAAGGUCGUGGAAGAGUUUGAACAUCGGAUUACAAAUCAGGUUGAGUUGCUGAAAGCAGCUCCAAAAUGGUCAACUUCUUCACAGGGAAACAGAUUGUCUUCGAGAUCUCUUGGUGAAGGAGAGAGGGAAGAGAAAAGUUUCAAAGCUAUAAAGAAAGAUGACCAGAUUCUUGAUGAAGAGAUGAAAAAUCGACUUGUAAAGCAGCAGACAAUAUUUGAUCAACAGCAAAAGGAUAUUGAGGGCUUGAAGCAGACACUCUACACUACAAAGGCUGGUAUGCAAUUCAUGCAGAUGAAAUUUCAAGAAGAGUUUACUUCUCUUGGAAUGCACAUUCAUGGCCUUGCUCAUGCUGCUUCCGGCUAUCACAGAGUUCUCGAGGAAAACCGCAAACUUUAUAAUCAGGUGCAGGACCUUAAGGGAAGUAUCCGAGUCUAUUGUCGGGUAAGGCCAUUUUUGCCUGGACAAUCCAACAAUUCAAGCAAUGUGGCCAACAUAGACGAUGACACAAUCAGCGUUAACACUGCCUCCAAACAUGGAAAACUCAAAUCCUUCACCUUCAAUAAAGUGUUUGGGCCAUCUGCCACUCAAGCGGAGGUGUUCUCGGACAUGCAGCCCUUGAUCCGUUCCGUCUUAGAUGGGUAUAAUGUCUGUAUAUUUGCUUAUGGACAAACUGGAUCUGGAAAAACAUACACGAUGACUGGACCGAAAGAUCUAACGGAGAAAAGUCAAGGUGUUAACUACAGAGCACUCAGUGAUCUGUUCUUUCUCUCGGAACAAAGGAAAGACACAUUCCGCUACGAUGUUGCGGUUCAAAUGAUCGAAAUUUACAAUGAGCAAGUCCGAGACCUCUUGGUUUCCGAUGGAAGCAACAGAAGGUUAGAGAUCAGGAACAGCUCUCAAACAGGUCUCAGUGUACCAGAUGCAAACCUUGUUCCAGUUUCUUCAACCUACGAUGUUAUUGAUUUGAUGAGGCUUGGGCACAAAAACCGUGCUGUUGGUGCAACAGCCUUGAAUGAUCGGAGCAGUCGAUCUCAUAGCUGCUUGACUGUCCACAUUCAAGGACGAGACUUGACUUGUGGAACGAUCCUCCGAGGCUGCAUGCACCUUGUGGAUCUAGCAGGAAGUGAAAGGGUAGACAAGUCUGAAGUCACUGGAGACAGAUUAAAAGAGGCACAACAUAUCAACAGAUCACUUUCGGCCUUGGGAGAUGUAAUUGCUUCCCUUGCUCAGAAGAACCCACAUGUUCCUUACAGAAAUAGCAAGCUCACACAAUUACUUCAGGACUCACUUGGAGGGCAAGCUAAGACAUUGAUGUUUGUUCAUAUCAGCCCCGAGGCAGAUGCCCUUGGCGAAACCAUAAGCACUCUGAAGUUUGCAGAGCGAGUGGCUACAGUUGAACUUGGUGCCGCUCGAGCGAACAAAGAUACUUCAGAUGUCAAGGAACUCAAAGAACAGAUAGCCAGCCUGAAAGCAGCAUUAGCGAGGAAAGAAGCAGAGGCACAACAGAACAAGAACUCCACACCUGGAGGCUCUGAGAGAUACAGAGCCAAAGCUGGUGAAUUGUCACCCUAUAUGUCUAACCAUCAGAUUGGACAAGUGCUGGCCGAUCAUAAAAUUAGCAGGAGUCCAGUCACUGAUGUAGUGAUCCUUAACAAUAACAUUGCGAUGAAGAAGAUGCAGAGCUGCGAAAUGGAGGAGGUAUCGGUAAAUUCACCGCCUUGGCCACCUGUGGCAAGUCCAGGCCAAAACUACAGAGAAGACGACCGAGACUUCAGCUCCAGCGAGUGGGUGGACAAAGUCAUGGUUAACAACAAGCAAGACGGCCUCUGGGGAACGGAUAACGCUAGCCCACGACAUGAUUUAUACCAACAAGAACUUCCUGAUGCUUCGAGGAUUUUCUCCGAGCAUUCUUACAACAUCUUCAUGGGCAAUAGCAAGUUCAACGACGAGACGGACGACAUAGACGCUGCAACGAGUGAUUCCUCGGAACGAGAUCUUAUGUGGCAGUUCAACCAGUCCAAGAUCACAGCCAUGGCGGGAUCAAGAAACAAGAAACCGGUCUCGAAACCAACGAAAAGCCCUCAGCUGAGGAACUCAAACACGGUCUCACGGCCGUCGCCUUCGCAUAAGCUGCAUGGAAAUGGCGUCGGCCCUCGAGCCGUGAGAGCAACUGCUGAUAUGAAACGCAAAGCUAGCAGCAGACACUGAGGAAUUGAUUACAUUACUACUCUCACACGCAUAUACGUUUCUACACGUUCACUCGGUUUGUUCCUUUGUUUGUUUGUUUGAUUGAUUAUUAUUUUCUUUCUUCUGUUUUUUUUGUUUGUUAUUUAGAGGGAAGAAACCGAGUUUGUGUAUGUAUCUGUCUUUAUGAUUUUGUUUCUUCCCCUUUGUGUUUGGUUGUUUUCUAUAUAUAUAUAUAUAAACAGCACAGUUACAAAUGCAUCAUUUGGGUUUCCUUUUCUUUCCCU